AUGACUAUCGGAAGUUCUUUCACCAAGCUCUCCGUGAUCAAGCCUUUCAAGACGACCUGGAAGAGUCGGGUGAAGGUGCUCCACUCUUGGAGGCAGUUCACUGGAAUGUCCGGGGAGACGAUGGAGUAUGUUUUCGCCGACGAGGAGGGUACGAAGAUACAUGCAACUUGCCAGAAAAAUGACAUACGGCGUUUAGGGAAGGAUUUGCCUGUUGGUGAAUGGAGAGCCAUUGAGCAUUUCUCUUUGACCCCUGUCUCCGGUCAAUAUCGUCCAACAAUGCACCGUUCCAAGAUGUCUUUCUCCAUCAACACGGUGAUCAGUAACUGUGGUUCACAAGGUGAUGAUUUGUUUAUCGAGCUGACAGAUUACACGGACAUCUUCAGUGGAGACCAUGAUAAUAAUUACUUGGUUGAUAUCAUGGGCCAGAUACUUGAUGUUCAGGAGCUGAAGACAGUGAACGCAUGA